CUGCUUCUUCUUUCUUCUUUCUUCGCUCAUAAGAAAGAAAAAGUCUCUCUCUAUUACACACGCGAAGUCUUCACAUAAAGGUGUAAACGAGCCAAGUCUCUCUUGUUGUUGUGCUCUUAUAUUUGAUAAAAAGCUCUUACUGAGUCACACUACUCUGAUCAAACAAAGCAAAUAAAAAAAAGAAAAGAAAACAGAGAACAAAGCAGAGGAGGCAUGGGAAAGAAGCUUGAUGCUCUGUUUGGGAGAGACUUCAAGACCGCCAAGUUCAAUCCCCUCGUCAGCUUCUCCAUUUCUCGCCUCGCCGUCCUCAAGAACCAGCGCCAGGCCCGCUGCUCUCUUGCCCGCUACGACAUUGUUCAGCUCCUCAACCUCGGCAACCAUGACCGAGCUCUUCUUCGGGUUGAGCAAGUGAUCAAGGAGCAGAAUAUGAUGGAUGUAUUUGUUAUGAUUGAAGGCUAUUGUAAUUUGUUGGCUGAGAGGACCAACCUUAUUGAACAAGAAAGAGAAUGUCCUGAGGAGCUGAAGGAGGCAGUGGCAGGCUUGCUCUAUGCAUCUACAAGAUGUGGGGAGUUUCCAGAGCUUCAAGAGAUGCGUGCUAUUUUCACAUCUCGAUUUGGGAAGGAGUUCGCAGCUCGUGCCAUUGAAUUGCGAAACAAUUGUGGAGUGAAUCCAAAGAUGAUACAAAAGCUAUCAACCAGACAGCCAAGCUUGGAAAACAGAUUGAAAAUGCUCAAGGAAAUUGCUUCCGAUAACAACAUUGUUUUGCAUAUCGAGGACGAAGCUUCAAUAACCUCAGAGGAAAUAUUCAAGACACAACAGAAUUCAGGUGGAGAUAAAAAGCAUAGUUUGCAUGAGAUAGAAAACAUGGAGAGUUAUUCUGAUUCCAUGAAAACGCCGAGAAAAUACAAGGAUGUAGCAGAUGCAGCAGAAGCAGCUUUUAAAUCAGCAGCUUAUGCUGCAGCAGCAGCUAAGGCAGCAGUGGAACUCUCCAAGUCUGAUUACCCUGGCUCUGAUGAUCAGAACAGUCCUCAUCAUCAUGGUACAAUAAAAUCCAAACCUCAAACUACUGAGGACAACAAUUCCAGAGGAAUUGAGGAUCAGAAUGUUGGAAUGGGAUUUGAGAUGGUUCAUAAAUACUAUUCUGAUGAAUCUGAAGACGUGGAAAUUCAUGACGAAAAAAGAGCUGAAGAAUUUGAAGAGAGUAAAAUGGCAAAGACGGGUUUAGACUCGGAUUUGCCUGUGAAUGUACCCAGUGAGACAAGGCCAAUGGAGAAGGGAACGAAUUUUGAUGAGAGUGAUGAUGAGACUGGCCAUGACUUGGGUUCGGAUAUGAAGACUACUGAUCUUACGAAUGAAGGUUUGGUUUCCAAAAAUUCUAAUCGAAUUGUCGAUGAAAAUCUAUCUGAAAGAGAUGGUACAAAGCUCAACCAACCUCGAAAGAAGACCCCCUUUACUGGUCUGAAAGCCAUAUUCAGAGCCUGGAGAUCUUGAAGAACAUUAUGCUGACAGAUCCAGAAACAAAUGGCACGACAUUUAAAUGCAGAGAACCAGACGAGCACAAGGGCAUGAAAAAGCAUAUUAGAAAAUUUGGAUUGGGUUGGGUUGCAGUAAUAGCAUAGACUUUGUCUACACAUUGGAAUGGUUGGAUCAUUUUUUUCUUUUUUUGGGAUAAUCUUAUUUGCAAAACUGUGAACUAGUGUAAUGGUUUUGGAUGUGAGUGGUUUGUAAGGUUUCAAUAUAUCUCAAUUAUUGUAUUUGUUCUUAAGGUGUCAGUUUUGUAACCUUCUAAUAUGUGAGAGGAUACUGUCAUGUAAUGUAAUGUAUAUGAAAACAAAUCAGACCUAAAAAGCAAAAAUCAUAUACUUACAGAAU